UUAGUACAAUGUUUCACGCGUUCGUAGUUUCAUUGUAUUUAAGCACAACUUUAACAAUAGUUACCGGGGAACCACCACACUUUCGUAUACUAGCACCAGAAUUUGUGUGUCCAAAAGAAGAUGACACAGGCCCGGUGGAUAUUGAGAACACCAUUAUUACCCUCCGAACCUCCGCGGAUGCAAAGCUGGACAUGCGCUGGACGGUACGCUGGACGCCUCUUCCAGCACCUUCACAGCGGUUUACCCUCAUACUGUGGCGAGCGACGCGGGAGCUGGAGAAAAAACUAAACGGACCGCAGAAGGAACCCUACGUCUACGUCAUAGAAAACGAUGAGCUCCUUAGCGGCGUCGAUUACAAAUUCAACGUGACAGCAUCAAACUCAGACGGCGAUGAGACCACUAAGACGUUCCACAUCAACAACGUGAAAGGCGACCAGCUGCUGGAGAACCUGGAGGGACGGACAGACAUGCUGUCCAUCAUGCUGGUCGGCGGACAAGAGACGUACGCUGAUGUCGAAUUUAUGAUGGAUGCGCUGGUCACUACUUGUCAUCCAACACAGGAUUAUUAUUUCGAAUGGUCAGCUGAAAGCGCGGGUCACAAAAUAGCCGCAUCGCCAGGCGGCCGAUUGGAGUUGCCCGCAUACUCGCUACGAGCCGGCCUGACCUACCUCGUCACGUGUCGGGUUGUGAGCUCGGCCGGGGAACUCAUUACUCAGAAUAGUUUACCCCUCACGGUUCUGCAGCGAACGUUCGAGGUGUAUUUAAGCAUAGACUAUUUAAAAAUCAGCGUCAAUACUGCAUUCACUUUGGAGUCUAUUGUACUUAAUCACGACUACUUCGGAGAUUCCCUUUCAUACCAAUGGGCAUGCUCUUACGAAGGAGAAGACUGUACUUUCUUUAAAAGUAUCGAUAGCGGUACAUUGAAUUUGGAAAGAGGACUACCAACUGCUGGAAAGUACGAAAUCACCCUCAAUGUAAACAUCCAUAAUAACUCUGCGUCCGCCAGUGCUGUCAUUGUUCCCGUUCAACAUGUUUCACCAGUGAUACAGAUAAACCCGCUACCAAGAACUCUGAACGAAGGCACCAGAGCAUCGCUAGUGGCUAACGCCAGCAACGUGACGCCGACCUGCUCCCUGACCUGGUAUUUCGCGUCCGAAGAGUAUUUGGAGUCUCAGAAACAAGUCCUGAAUGACACUUGCCAAGAUUGCCAGCAUGGAGUACCUCUCACCGAAACUUUAACGAUCUUCUCCCUCGAAGAGAACUUUCUUUACUACUUAACUGACUUCUCAAACGAGACGGAAUGGCGGCAGAUUACAGCCGAGGUGCCAGCAGCUGCCGGCCGUGCGAGAUUCGUAGUGGAGUGUGGAUGCACCCAGAUUCUAGACUGCGAGAGUGAAGGGACCGUCUAUGCUGAUGUGUUCUUCAAAAUAAAUGUGAUUCCGAGGGCAAAUAAUGUGAUGGGAACGCCUGACACCGGCACAGCGCUGAAGACGCUCUUCCGCAUCAGCACCCUAGCCGUGGUGGACAGCGAUACACCCCUGUACUACACGUUCCGCUGCCGAGUGGGGGUCAACAGCUCGCUGGUGCUGGGCGCUUUCGCUGACCACUUGGCUGUGGAAACCUUCCUGCCUUAUAUGGAACACGGCGUCGAAGUAUGGGUGGAAGUGUGCGAUGUUCUUGGUGCGUGUUCGCAUAGCGCGACCAAAGUUGUCGACCUUCUGACAGGAGAUGGCGCCUCUGUCGACGAGUUGCUUCAAGAUGUGAAUGCGCAUAUUAGGCGGUGCGAACUGAUGCAGUUACAGAGAGUGAGCGUUGCUGCUAUUGUUACUUAUGAAAAUGCUGACCACACCCAAGCGUCAAUAAAUUUCUGCACAAACGUCCUCAACAUAUUGCCUUCGACCCAAGAAGAACAUUGUCUGAAGACCAAACCGGACCGCUACGAAGCGUUUCUAAUGCAGCUGACUGAAGUGGGUUGUGACGCAUCACACUUGAUCAAUGGUUAAUAUGUGACGUUCCACGGGAAAAGGUACCUUAUGAGGGUUUCUAGUUUCGGAGAUAUGAAAUGUUUUGUAAAGAGGUGAAAAAAUGCUCAAUUUUUUUUUAUUGUGUGAUCUGAAACCUUAAUGCGUAACGUUUGUUUACCUGUUUUUAUUUUUGUUAUAAGUUAGUUAUAAGCCUAGUAAUGUCGUCUCAGAGUUUAGUAGAAAAGGUACCUUAUGGAAAAAAGAUUGAAAAUUCCCAAAAAAACUAGUCAAUACGGGAAAAGAAGUUUGGUAGUUCUCUACCAAUUUCCUGUAUUAGCAUUCUGCAAAACUAAUUUGAUAAUUUCAGUUCUGGUUGGGGCGCCUCGCAAAUAUUAUGACCGUACAUAGACCGACAUCACAAAUCCAAGUAGUCUGCUAUUAUACCAAAGUUACUCUCGUCAAGUCUUUCUUAACUAGAAUAAUCUUCAUUUGGUUUGGUCGCAUGCAGUAAAUCAGCCAUUGGUUUGCUGAAAAAUGCCAAUACCCGACGCAUUACUUUAUGGAAUAUCUGAGGUCAUUGAACCUCAAUGCCGCUUAUCUUCAAUAGAAACCGAAAUAUAUUAUUGAUAAGAAAUAGACGAUUUAUACCAUUACCAAAAUAUUAUUAGUUUAUCCUAACUGUUCCAUCAUCAUCAUGCCUCAUCAUGUAACUUAAUCACAAGGUACCUUUUCAUUACAUACAAAUUAUUGGUCUUUUUUAAGAUUAUUAUGACGAAGAACUAAUUAAAUUUGGGGCAGUUUAAUGUAAAUUAAUAUUUUCUAUUCAUAAAAGAUAAACUGUAAUAUGAUUGAUAUUUACUAGUGAUGUAUUAUUAGAUUUAUUUCCAUAAGGUACCUUUUCGUAAAUGUAUGGAGCAAAUACUGUUAUUGUUAUGUAAGUUUAAAGUGGCAUAAGGGGUUAAAUAUAGUAUUUAGUUGGGGUUUUAGGAUUUAUUUCAUUUGAAUGACAGAAUUUCUUUCAUAUGUGCUCAGAAAAAUUGAUUGUGUGUGACAUUAAAAGUAAAAAUAUUCAAUUUUGUGAUUUUAUAUGAAAAAGUCAGAAAAUACAUUUUCACCUCUAAAUCGGUAUUGUUUGUUGCUUAAACUGUCUGUCAGUGUCGUUUUCUAAUAGAUAAAAUUGAAAUCUUGAGAGCUCAUUGCAAUCAAUCGUGAAAAUGAAAUAAAACUUUAUUUUCAAGAGAUUGGUUAGUAUACACAUAAAUCAGUCGAUAUCAAAAGUUUCUAUUUGCAUUACAGAACAAGUCGCAAUAUUUUUUUAAUCUCAGAUAUAUAAGGUAUUAUUAUUUGUAGUCAACUAUGUAACUUACUUCAGGAACAUAGUUUUUUAGGCGGCUAAACUUAAAACUUCUCUAUCGUAAAGUUGCUCAUUUCACAACAUUAUUUUCAAAAAAUCAUAUCUCUGUAACUACGCAACCUAGAAGGUUGAUCUUUUGUGUUAUCGAUAGCUUAUCUAUUGUAGAUUACUAGGGUAUGCAUAACUCCAUACCCACCAUAAGGUACCUUUGACCGUGGGACGUCACAUAUAUUAACGAAUACAACAUGUGAACUUCAAACUCAAAACUAAAAAAAAAAACAAUUAA